AUGCCGCCAUGCAGGCCUGCGGACACGCCGAAACCGCAGACUGUAAGCGUGGAGGAGGCACUGCGUCUCGCACGAGCCAGUGACUUCAAGACCGUGCAGGAGGAUGAAGCGCGAGCAAAGGUGCGGGCGGAGAAGCAGCGCCAGCCACUGGCGACGCAAUCUCCGAGCCGGGAAGCCGAGCCCAGGAGGCCCGCUGGGCCGGCGGGUGGCGCUCAAGUGCUGCUGGCGUCCCUCUUGGAGGCCGCCCGGGAGGAGGGCCGCCUCGGAGCCACUCGCCAGCUGCGCAUUCAGUGCCCCUUCUGUGGCGUGGUGAACGCCGCUCGCGCCUCGGAGAGGCAUCGAGUCAUCUGCGGUGCCUGCCGGAGUGUCUUCGCAGUUCCCAGUUUGGGGCGGCGCUGA